AUGGCCAAGAACGCCUCGCUGCACUUCCGCGUGGUGGAGGGAAAGGACCUGCCCGCCAAGGACGUGUCCGGCACCAGUGAUCCUUACUGCAUCAUCAAGGUGGACAAUGAAGUGGUGGCCAGGACUGCAACUGUGUGGAAGAACCUCAACCCUUUUUGGGGUGAGGAAUAUACCUUGCACCUCCCAAUGGGAUUCCACAACCUGUCUUUCUACGUUCUGGAUGAAGACACCAUCGGGCAUGAUGAUGUCAUUGGCAAGGUCUCCCUCAGCAAAGAGGUCAUCUCUUCCCAUCCAAGAGGAAUUGACAGCUGGAUCAACCUGAGCCGUGUUGACCCCAAGGAAGAGGUGCAAGGGGAGCUCUCGCUAGAGCUGCGAGUGGUGGAGGAAGCCAAUAGACGGGUGCUCUGCUGCCAUGUCAUCGAAGCCAGAGACCUCGCUCCGCGUGAUCUCUCCGGCACCUCGGAUCCCUUUGCCCGCGUCCACUGGAAUGGACAGACCCUGGAAACAGCGAUUAUCAAGAAGACUCGUUUUCCACACUGGGACGAAGUGCUCGAGUUUCUCCUGGAGGACGGGGCUGCCGGGGAGACCUCCCUCGUUGUGGAAGUGUGGGACUGGGACAUGGUGGGCAAGAAUGACUUCCUGGGUCGGGUGGAGUUCUCUUCGGAUGACCUGCAGAAGGCCCCUCCCAAGGACUGGUUUCGCUUGCUGCCCUUCCCCAGCGCAGAGGAGGAUGCUGGGGGGAAGCUGGGAACCCUGAGGUUGCGGGUCCGACUCGCCGAGGAUAGGAUCCUGCCUUCCAGGUACUACCAGCCACUCAUAGACCUGCUGGUGGAGUCCAUCUUGUGCCCGCCAGAGGAGAAGGACGACGUCACACCCCUGACCCUGCUGGAAGACGUGUGCUCAGUGGAGAGUCGCCAAGAUGUAGCUACCAAGUUAGUCAAGAUCUUCCUUGGGCAAGGCCUGGUGGUGCCCUUCCUGGACUACCUGAACCUCCGUGAGGUUUCGCGGACGACGGAUCCAAACACCCUGUUCCGUUCUAAUUCGUUGGCCUCCAAAUCCAUGGAACAGUUCAUGAAGGUGGUGGGGAUGCCUUAUCUCCAUGAAGUAUUGAAGUCCAUCAUCAACCGGAUCUUUGAUGAGAAGAAGUACGUAGAGCUGGAUCCUUGCAAGAUUGAACCAAGCCGGACCAGGCGGAUAUCCUUCAAAGGUUCCCUGUCCGAGGCCCAGAUCCGGGAGAGCAGCCUGGGGGUGCUGAAGGGGUACCUGGGGGACAUUGUGGAGUCCAUCGUCAGCUCGAUGGAGAAGUGCCCCCCCACGAUGAGAGUCGCCUUCAAGCAGCUGCACCAGCGAGUGGACGACCGCUUCAGGGAAGUGGAGGACCAGGAUGCAAAAUACAUUGCCAUCAGCGGGUUCCUCUUCCUCCGUUUCUUCGCCCCCGCCAUCCUGACCCCAAAGCUAUUCAACCUGCGAGACCAGCAUGCUGACACACAGACUAGUCGUACUCUCUUGCUCUUGGCCAAGGCGGUGCAGAGCAUUGGAAACCUAGGGCUGCAGUUGGGUCACGGCAAGGAGCAAUGGAUGGAGCCCCUGCACCCCUUCAUCCUGUCAAGCAUUGGACGAGUCAAGGAGUUCUUGGACAAGCUCAUUGAUGUAGAAUCUGAGAAUGAAGCAAGCGAGAAGCAGCCUUGGACACUCUUCCAACCCUCGGCCAUCAUAAAAGAGGGCUACCUCCAGAAACGCAAGGCAGAAGGCCUCCACUUGGUCUCACGAUUCACCUUCAAAAAACGCUAUUUCUGGCUGAGCAACGAGACCCUUUCUUACUCCAAAUCGCCCGACUGGCAGAUACGUACAUCCAUCCCUGUCCAGCGGAUCUGCGCCGUGGAGCGUGUGGACGAAAACGCCUUCCAGCAGUCACACAUGAUGCAGAUAACGACACGUGACAAUGGAGGGCAGCUGUUCACCAUGUACAUUCAGUGUAAGAACGUCAAUGAGCUCAACCAGUGGCUCUCGGCCAUCCGGAAAGCGACCGUCUCGAAUGAGUGCAUGCUGCCCUUCUGUCAUCCGGGCACCUUCCGGGGUAAUCGCUGGACUUGCUGCUUGCAGACUGACCGCACAGUUUGCGGCUGCAGCCGCACGCACUCUGCCGUGACCCUCGGAGACUGGAGCGACCCUUUGGACCCGGACACCGAGGCCCAGAUGGUGUACAGGCAGCUUCUGCUAGGCAGAGACAAGCUCAGCGAGAAGCACCAGGAGUUUUUGAGCACAGCGGCUGUGCAGGAGCAGGGCAACAGAGCUCAGAAAGACACAAAUGGCCGGAGGAUGAGAGCAGCAAGCCGCCUUUUAGAAGUCAUUCAGGAUCUGGAGCGGGCCCACGAAGCCUUUGAGCACCGGGUAGCAGAAGGCGAGAAGGGUGCGGCCGACGUGGCGCCCCACACCUAGAUGGAUUCCUCCGCUCGGGCCCCCAGUUGUGUUUUCUCCGUAUUGUAAUGAUGUAUUUACAUCUGUCAGGGGAGUGGGGUGUUGGGAUCCUUCACGUCUGUCGCCAGCGGCAUGGCCUUUGAGGCGGUCGUGGGGCCGCCACAGCAAGUCUACAGCUUCGGACGAAGAGAAAAAGAGGAGGCGGAAGAAAGUAACGACGGAGGCCUCUCACUUCCGUGUGGCUGCACCCAGUCCGUGUCCUCUUUGAGACCGUUGUUAGGGUGCGUUCCAGCAGAACCUCCCAAAGCGUGAGACCUCUUUUUGUUUACCAGGGAGGAAGCCCAGGGCAGCGCGUCGGU